CCUACCUCAACACAAUGCCUCGCCGUCGCUGCGCCGUUGAGAUCAGGAACAAUACAAACUACUACACUCUUUCCAACCCAAGGGUCUACACUGAGAGCGGCUUCUGCCAGGUCCCUUUCCCUUCGAUGGUCGAUCCCUGCUCUGCCGUCAAGGCUCACUUCAACAAGACGACAGGCCUGGCGAGCGGCGCUGUUGGCGUUUUCACUUACGACCUUUUCGAUGGCGAGCUGAACGACUACAACCACAUCAUGGCCGUCAUGUUCUCCGUGCCGUAUGACAGAGUCAUUUAUUCCAACUGGUUUGCUGUGGGAAUCUUUAAUAAAGAUAGAAAAUGCGACCGCAGCCUUUUUGUCAAGAUGUACAAUGGAAGUGAGAGUAACUUUGUCAGAGGGAAGGCUGACGAGCCAGCCAGUAGUCACCCCCGUUUUUACGAGGGUGACUACGUUAUUCUCAGUGCCUCCAUGACAAACUUGGGCGAAGCCUUCCUGUCGGUGGAGAUCAAUGACACUGGAUUGUAUUAAGUCUUUGAUGUGAUAACUAACUAUAAGAUGUGAUCACCCGUAUUCCUAACAAAUGAGUGAAUCACUGAUACAGCUGAAAGCGGAGCUUCAAGUUUAGAGCAAAUAUCUACUGAGGCUCGUUUGUCACAUUAAACCCAUUUUCUCAGGCAUUGAAGGUAUCAUCCACUAAGCCCACAUUUCUGUAAUUAUUUUUAUAUUUAGCUGAUGUAAUAUUAUUAAACUAUAUAUAAUUACACGGGUGUGGGAGCUGUUAUCAAUGAAAACUCUACGGAAACUCAUUUUGACUAGCGAGUGUUCCUCAUUUCACACCACAGGCUGAAA